AUGGCAGGGCGUCUACAUGGACUGAUUCGACCAAAGACACGUCCAAUGAUCGAGGCGCGGAAGUCCCAUGGUCUCCCCGGGGUCGGCCCGCUCGUAUCAAACCCAGUACGCGGACGUGCGACAGCCGCCGCUGCUUUGGGCUCUCGGCGUCAGCCAGACCUGCCUCUCCACAGCCCUAUCAACCACGGCCGCUCCGUUUCGGCGCCUCUUCCACCGCUAGACCCUCGGGCGCAUUGGGCGGGUAUGAUUGAGAUCCACGAACAGCCGUCCGAGGAUGGCCGGGGGUCAAGCUACAUUGUCCACCACCACCACAUCCGCGCCGCUAGUUAUGGGUACAGCAUCAGCCGAUCCGAGUCGCAGAACCAAUCUAUGAUCUAUCAUCCCAAUGUACACCGCGGCACCCACCGCUGGGCCUCAUCUCCACAUCUACACCAUGACCAUCGAUUGAACACCGGCUCCACCGAGUCCCGAGGAUUCGGGUAUCCAUUCAACAUCAAAUCGCGCUGGACUGCACCCAGCAUCAUCGACGAGUCCGGUCGGCCUUGGUGGUCAAGGGCAGAUCUGCGGACAGCUCAAAUCGCGUGCUUUACUACAGGCUUCCUGUUUCCAUUGGUAUGGUUUGUUGCCGCCUUCUUGCCUCUACCCAGGCGGCCCGCGUCCAUGGAAGACAUAGAGAAAGCGGUCUCCUCCACCACCAUGCAGGAAGCUCAAUUGCAACCGCAGCCACAGCGGGGCUCAAUCUCGCAGCAAUACCCGGCCGUCUCGGAGUGGGAGCCUAUGAACGUCGUCGAUAAGUUACGCCUAGAGCGCCAGCUCGCUGGUGCCGCCGAACUCAGGUGGCAGAACGCGCGGUGGUGGCGCAACUUGAACCGCUGGAUGUGCAUUGUCGGCAUUGUGGUAUGCGUCGUCGCCAUUGUGCUCGCCGUUGUUGGCACACAGCGGAACUGGUGA